UGCAAACUUAUGCAAAUCGUCAGGUGCCAGCUCCAAUAAGAAUUACCAAUUAGGUUAUGUUUCACGCAAGUUAGGCUUUUUGUACCAUAUAUAUAUAAAAAAAAAGUAAUAAUGAAGAUAUAUACGAACGAUAAUAAUACCGCAACUCUAAAGUUGUUAAUAGCGGCAAAUUUAGCCGGCAAAAAGAUAGAGCUAAAGAAAGCAACUUUCGAAGACGUGUCCGCAGGGCCAAAGGCGCUGCCACUGCUGGAGGUAGAUGACCAGCUGAGUUUCUUCAGCAGUAAUGCUGCCGCGCAAUAUUUAUUUCCAGUUUUGGAUCUCUCUCAAAAUGGACAGUGUCAACAGAUGCAAGAAUGGGAAGCAACACGCUUACAACCGACUACAGCAGCCGUCUUGAUGAGCAAGUCUGUUGCGUCGGACCUCAAACAAGCACUGAACUCACUGCUCUUGAUGGUUGAUGGGCUAUUAAAGACACAUAAAUAUAUUAUUGGGGACAAACUCUCGGCCGCUGAUAUAUCUAUAUGGAGUACCCUGUAUCCAUUGUGUCACAACAAGGAUUAUCAAAAGCAAUACUUAGCGGAAUGCCCCAACAUCAUGAGAUGGGCCGACGAGCUGGGAUCGGCUAAGGCUAUUCAGGAAGCUGUGCAGCAGUGGGGCGGGUCGGUGGAGGGUCCGUUCGCGCCGACAUCCGCUCUGGGCAUACCGCAAUUCACGAACAUGGUCUCUCCUGUUGGGACUCCAGAAUCUCAGGAAAUUAGCAUUACGGCAGAAGAAAUAGAAGCGGCGAAAGAGAACUGGAUCAACGGCGUAAAGAACUUACAAGAGCCAUUGAAGAAGCAGGACGUGAUCUUACCGGUGAAGGGUCGGAGGAACGUCCUCAUAACGUCGGCGCUCCCCUACGUGAACAACGUGCCGCACCUCGGGAACAUCAUCGGCUGCGUGCUCUCCGCCGACAUCUUCGCCAGGUACUGUCGCCUGUGUGACUACAACACCCUGUUCAUCUGCGGGACUGACGAGUACGGAACAGCUACAGAAACGAAGGCUCUGGAGGAGGGCGUCACCCCUCGGGAGAUCUGCGACAAAUACCACACGAUACACGAGGCGGUGUACCGCUGGUUCGACAUCGGGUUCGACUACUUCGGCCGGACGAGCACGCCGGAGCAGACCGAGAUAGCGCAGAAGAUGUUCCUGAAGCUGAUGGACAACGGGUUCAUCAGCAAGCAGUCGGUGGACCAGCAGUUCUGCGAGAGGUGCCAGCGGUUCCUGGCGGACCGGUUCGUGGAGGGCACGUGUCCGCACGCGGGCUGCGGCUACGAGGACGCGCGCGGCGACCAGUGCGACGCGUGCGGCCGCCUCGUCAACGCCGCCGACCUCGUGCGCGCGCGCUGCAAGCUGUGCGCCGCGCCGCCCGCGCUGCGCGCCAGCGAGCAGAUGUUCCUCGAGCUCGGACAGCUGGAGCCGGCGCUGCGCGCGUGGGCGGCGGGCGCGGCGGGCGGCUGGUCGGGCCCGGCGCGCGCCGUGUCGCGCGGCUGGCUGCGCGAGCCUCUGCGCGCGCGCGCCGUCACGCGCGACCUGCGCUGGGGCGUGCCCGUGCCGCUGCCCGCCUGCCGCGACAAGGUGUUCUACGUGUGGUUCGACGCGCCGAUCGGCUACCUCAGCAUAACGCAGUGCGCCACCGGCCAGUACGAGAAGUGGUGGAAGAAAGACAAGGAUUAUGAUGUGAAGCUGUACCAGUUCAUGGCGAAGGACAACGUGCCGUUCCACGUGGUCAUGUUCCCCGCCACCGUCAUCGGAGUCAACGAGGGGCACUUGUUGGUCGACCACGUGUUCGCCACCGAGUACUUAAACUACGAAGAUGGCAAAUUUUCGAAAUCCCGUGGUGUUGGUGUGUUCGGUACCGACGCACAGGAAACCGGUAUACCGUCGGACGUGUGGCGGUUCUACCUCACCAGCAUCCGGCCGGAGACGUCCGACUCCAGCUUCAGUUGGGCGGAACUCGGGACCAGGAACAACUCUGAGCUGCUCAACAACCUGGGCAACUUCUGCCACCGCUCGCUGAGCUUCUGCGCGAACACCUUCAAGGGGGUGGUGCCCGACGCCGAGCUCACAGCGGCCGACUACGAGCUGUUCGCGCUCGUCAACAGAGAAGUCGCUGGGUUCGUGCAGCACAUGGAGAAGGGGCGCCUGCGUGAGGCGCUCCGCUGUGUGCUGAGUGUGUCGCGUCUGGGCAACCAGCACAUGCAGAGCAGCCAGCCCUGGGUUCUACUGCGGGGAGACGAGCAGGACAAGGCGCGCGGCGCGGCGGCGGUGUGCGUGUGCUGCCAGCUGGCGGCGCUGCUGGCGGCGCUGCUGGCGCCCUUCGUGCCGCGCGCGGCGGCCCGGCUGCGCGACCAGCUGCGCCUCACGCCCGACCAGCUCAGGAUCAACCCCGAGAAUCCAUCGCUCAUCCAGUACUUACCGCCUGGUCACGUGAUCGGCAAGCCCGAGCCGCUGUUCGCGAAACUGGAACCGGAAAUGUUGGAAAAACUCAAAGCGAAAUACGCGGGAACACAGAGCGAGAGAGCCAAGAAGCAAAACGGGGCCGCGAAAGGCGCAGCGCCCGCCGGCGCCGCCGAGCUGGAGGCCGCCGUCGCGGCGCAGGCAGAUAAAGUCCGUCAAAUCAAGUCGUCGACGAAAGACAAAGCGGUCGUGCAGCCGGAAGUGGACAAACUGCUCGCUCUGAAGAAACAACUCGCAGCUGCGCAGGCGCAGGAGUCGCGGGGGGCGCAGGGGGCGCCCACCGGCGUCAACGAUGUUGCCAAUCUGGAAAAAGCCAUUGCAGAACAGGGUGAGAAAGUUCGAAAGCUAAAAGCAUCAACAAAAGACAAAUCAGUUUGGCAACCGGAAGUAAAUAUACUGCUCGCUCUGAAGAAACAACUCGCGGAUGCGCAGGCGCAGCCCGAGGCCGGCCAGAGCCCCACCAGCGUCGCCAGCGUCGCCAGCGUCGCCAGCUUAGAGAAAGCCAUCGCAGAACAGGGCGAGAAAGUCAGACAGUUGAAGGCGUCGACGAAAGACAAGUCGGUCUGGCAACCGGAAGUGAACGUCCUCCUCGAUCUCAAGAAGCAACUCGCGGCGCUGCAAGUCAAGCAAUAAAUUAUAUGUAUUUAAAAAUAUUUAUAUAUUCCAAUGAAUUAAAUGCAUUGAAGAGAAAUUAAAUAAUUAACUUAUUGUACAGUUGAGUCCCGGAACAUCAAAAUCAACAGGUUGAUGUUCGGUAAACCUAUUUUCACCUGCUUAGAACACAGUCUAACUCACCGCACAGAAGGUCUUACAGGGCAGUUGUGUGUGCACAAACACUAUUGUAUCACUCGUGAUCGGACUGAUAAGAGACGUGCUGUCCGAGGCACAGGAGACUACUGCCA